UGUGUAUUUGUUUUGUUUUUCGGUGUGAAAAGAAAUUUUUCCUGUAUUGAUAAAUUAAAUAGUAAUAUUAAUACCUGUCUGAGACAGUUUUCAUUUACAAAAGGCCUAUUAUUAAAAUAUAUUAGUGAUUUUUUGCUAAAAUCUUUAAAAAUUUUAACAAUAUGCUGAGACAGUUGUUAUUUUCCCGCAGCAGAAUAUUAUUACCAAAUGUAUUUAGCCGAAAAUUUUCAAAUGAAGAAUCUUUUACUUCUGAAAAACCAAAUAUUUUAAAUUCUGAGAAACUUGAUGACCGUGUAUUGAAUCUCAUUGUUUGCCCAUUAACCAAGAAAAAGUUAAGAUAUGAUUCUGAGCGCCAACUUUUGAUUAAUGAUGAGCUUGGUAUUGGAUUCAAAAUAGCGAAUGGUAUUCCUAAUUUAGUCCCUACAGAUGCUGUAAAAGUAUAAGUUUCGCUAUAAUUUAAUUGAAAUGAAAAAUUAUUGGGUGAUAAUGAAAUAAUGCACAUUGCUAUUAUAAAAAAUUUUUCGUUUGUUAGUUUAUACUAAUUUCUUCUAGUUUAAGGAAUAAACUAUUAGAGAAAUUCGAUGACAGUUUGAUUUUUCAUUGCUGUUUUAUCUGCUAGGUUCAUUGCAAAAUGUUUCUUGUUAAUUUUUUUUUAGAAAAGGUCACUAAGGUGAAAUCAUAUUAAUCAUUAAAUUUUUAUAUAAUCUAAAAUUUUAUCACUAGAUGGCGAUACGUGCUCUUAUCAUAGGAAACAAAUAAACGUGGUUUCUUUGUGUAAAUACUAAACAAAUUACAGAAAUAAAGUGUAAUUUAUCAAUGGAUCCAAAUAAAAUAUGUGGCUGCAAAGGUAUAAGAAUGUGUUUACUUUGUGAGAAAUCUGAAUCUAUAAAGUCGGUGGAAGAAAAUCUGGAAGUUGAUCAAUACAGCUACUGUCACUAUUGUAAUCUGUGUUGGCCAAUUAAUGCAUCAAGUACAAAGUGCAGAAGUCCUCUAUAUUUGGGCAGAUUGAAGUUGUUUCCGGAUUUCAUUAGCAAAGAAGAAGAAAAAUCUCUUAUUGCUAGCAUUGAUCAAAUACCUUGGAUGCCAUCACAAUCAGGAAGGAAAAAACAGGACUUUGGACCCAAAGUGAACUUUAAGAAAAAGAAAGCAAAAAUAGGUGACUUCAAAGGACUUCCAUGUUUUACUAAAGCCGUGGUAGAACGAUUACAGCAAUUUGAAGAUUUAUCAGAUUUCAAACCUGUUGAACUGUGUCAUUUAGACUAUUCUCCAGAUAGAGGAUCUGCCAUUGAUCCCCAUUUAGAUGAUUUUUGGAUAUGGGGAGAAAGGCUUGUCACAAUUAAUCUUGCAUCAUCUACUGUCCUCACAAUCUCACCUUCAAAUCUAGAAGAAUGUAAAUGUACUUUUGAGUGCAAAAAAGCAUUUAUAGACCAAGUUAUAUUGGAGGAGAAAGUUAAGCAUAUUGAAUAUUCAAUCUGUGAACAUAAAUUGCCUACUUUUAAUACUUGUACACAUUCACAUUUGAAACAGUCGGUUGACAGUACUGAAAAUCAAGAUCAAAUAAUAGACAUGUGUUCUGUGUAUCGAAAAAAUUCUAAUGUAAUACCAGUUGAAAUUCAGGUUGAGUUGCUACCAAGAUCUUUAUUUGUUCUUGCUGGUUGUAGCAGGUACAAUUGGUUUCAUAGUAUCAAAAGGCAAGCCAUUACUUCUCGUAGACUCGCAAUGACAUUUAGAGAGCUAGCUGAAGAUUUUCUGGAUGGUGGUAAUGAAAAAAAAUUGGGUGAUGAACUCUUGCAGCUUGGUAGAACAUUUUAUGAUCCAUUGGCAUCUUCCUGAUUUAAACCUGUUUUAGUUUAGAGUAAUAAGGCCUACAUGAUUGUUAUCAUUUUAAUAAUAAGCUUGAAAAAUAAAGGAUCUAAUUUCAUGAAA